AUGAAUUCACGAUUAUUCGAACCCCUGAAGAUCGGCAAGAUCGAAGUCAAUCACCGCAUCAUAAUGCCAGGUGUAAGCCGCAUGAGAGCCACCGACGACCAUGUACCAACGGACAUGAUGCUGGAGUACUAUACUCAGCGAGCUGCUGUCCCAGGAACACUCAUAGUUACCGAGGCCAACCUAAUCGCAACGGAGCACCGCGGCUACACGAAUGCCCCUGGAAUCUGGUCACAAGAGCAGAUAAGCGCUUGGAAGAAGAUCACCGACGCGGUCCACAAGAAGGGGAGCUACAUGUUCCUUCAAGUGAUGACUAUGGGCCGCAUGGCUGAUCCAGCUGAGGCGAAGAAAGAGGGCUUCACCAUAGUCGGAGCCAGUGCUAUUCCCUGGACAGAGGGGGCCGUGGUACCUGAACCCAUGACUGUGGAGUCUAUUCGACAGAUGGUUCAGGCCUUCGGACAAGCUGCCAAGAAUGCCAUCGAAGCAGGUUUCGACGGCGUGGAAGUGCUUGGAGGCAAUGGCAUGCUCAUUGAGCAGUUCAUCCAGCCUGUUACGAACACCCGAAACGAUGAGUACGGCGGCAGCAUCGAAAACAGGACUCGUCUGGUCAAAGAAAUAUUGCAAAUUAUGGCCACCAAUAUCGGACCUGAGCGACUGGGACUUCGACUCACGCCAUGGAGCCGAUAUCUCAACAUGGGGAUGGACGAUCCUGUCGAGCAGUACUCUCAGGUCCUACGAGCAGCGAAUGAUUUACAGAUCGGAUACAUCCACCUGGUCGAGUCCCGGGUCAAAGGAGGGGACGAUGUGGUCAGCAACGACAAACUUGAUUUCGCAUUCCCUUUAUUCAGGGGCCCGUUCAUCGUUGCUGGAGGGCAUACUGGUGAUUCUGCACGUAAACUAGUGGACCAAGAUUUUCCAGAGAGUGAUAUUGCUGUGGCUUUUGGAAGACAUUUCAUCGCCAACCCUGACCUAGUAUUCAGGAUCAAACAUGACUUAGCACUCAAUCCGUAUGAUCGGAGCUCCUUCUAUUCUCUGAAGGAGCCGAAGGGCUACAUUGAUUAUCCAUUUAGUCCCGAGUACCUGGAGAGCGAACAGACGAGAUCACAGUAG